GAGAAGAUGAAAGAAGAAAACAUGUGCCCGGAUUCCCCCGAAGGCAGCCUGGUCACCAGCGAGGAGGAGGGCGAGCGGCUGCACAAGAAAUGCCUCCGCAAGCGCGGCCAGGUGGGCAAAUCCAUGGAGGACUCCAGCGCCCCGUCCCCUCAGGGCAAGCGGAGCAAGCGGAGCCCCGUCCCGCAGUCCUUCGAGGACGUGCACACGCAGCGGGUGAUCGCCAACGUGCGGGAGAGGCAGCGGACGCAGUCGCUCAACGACGCCUUCGCGGAACUGCGCAAGAUCAUCCCGACGCUGCCCUCCGACAAGCUGAGCAAGAUCCAAACGCUCAAGUUGGCUGCUCGCUACAUAGACUUCUUGUACCAGGUGCUGCAGAGCGACGAGCUGGACCACAAGAUCACCAGCUGCAACUACCUGGCGCACGAGAGGCUCAGCUAUGCCUUCUCCGUCUGGAGGAUGGAAGGGGCUUGGUCCAUGUCAGCAUCUCACUGAG